UGUGAAUGGCUCGCUGACGUUUUUUUUUAAAGGAAAUGCGACGGCCGGAGGGCGUAUAUCCGGCAGUGUGAGUCGAUUGGGUGGUAGUUAGAGAGAAUAUCAAGAAAAGGAAGGAAGCCUGGGAUAUCAAAAUGGAGUGUCGACAGAUUCUACUUUGCUUGGCACUCUAUGUGGUGUGUACUCUGAGCAAACCCACUGAGAAGAAGGACCGCGUUCACCACGACCCCCAGCUCAGUGACAAAGUGCACGAUGAUGGCGAGAACUUUGACUAUGAUCACAAUGCCUUCCUGGGAGCAGAGGAUGCCAAAACCUUUGACCAGCUCACCCCAGAGGAGAGCAAGGAAAGGCUUGGAAUGAUUGUAGAUAAGAUUGACGGGGAUAAGGAUGGGUAUGUGACUGAGGAUGAGCUGAAGGCCUGGAUUAAAAAGGCCCAGAAGAUGUACAUCUAUGCUAAUGUGGAUCGGCAGUGGAAUGAUUUCGAUGUGAACAAUGAUGGGUCCAUCUCCUGGGACGAAUACAAAAAUGUCACGUAUGGCACAUAUCUGGAUGACCCAGAACCUGAAGAUGGUUUCAACUACAAACAGAUGAUGACAAGGGAUGAGAGGCGUUUCAAAUUGGCAGACAAGGAUGGCAACCUGAUUGCCACCAAAGAAGAAUUCACAGCUUUCCUGCACCCAGAAGAGUAUGACUACAUGAAGGAUAUUGUAGUUCUGGAAACAAUGGAAGAUAUUGAUAAGAAUGGAGAUGGUUUUAUUGAUCUUGAAGAAUAUAUUGGGGACAUGUAUAGUCAUGAAGGAGACCCUCAGGAGCCUGAGUGGGUGAAAACUGAGCGGGAACAGUUUGUGGAGUUCAGAGACAAAAAUAAAGAUGGUAGGAUGGACAAAGAGGAGACCAAGGACUGGAUUAUGCCUUCAGACUACGACCAUGCUGAAGCGGAGGCAAAGCACCUUGUUUACGAAUCUGACCAGGACAAGGAUGGCAAACUCACUAAAGAAGAAGUUGUAAAUAAAUACGACUUGUUUGUUGGAAGUCAAGCAACUGAUUUUGGAGAGGCCUUAGUACGGCAUGAUGAGUUUUAAAGCUUUUGUUAGUUAUUACUUGAACAAGUUUCUUAACUAAUAAUUUAUUUUAUACUUCUUCCAUUUAACACAUUCUCUUUCCCGAGACUGUUUGUUUGUUUUUGUUGAGAGAGAGAUGGGGUCCUGCCCCAUAAACAUCACUGCAGGGCAUCAUUAUGACACUGUUACCUUUUUCACUCGCCUCCCAUAUUUUAUCCCUCUUUUUUAUUUUUGUAUUUUGAUUGCAAAUUGAAGAAUGCUUAUUUCUGUACACUGAGUAUUUAGUUAAGUGUAAUUCAAGGAAUAUUUUGGCAUACAACAACUGUUUGGAGGAGAGAAUAAUUUACCAUUUGUCUUUUGCACACACAAAAGUAAUGUACUCUUCAACAGACUGACCAUAAGCUUUCAGCCAUUGCAGUUAUUUCCUUAGGUAGUCUGAACCUGUAAUGAAAUUCAUAACCAAGCCUAUGUGAGAUAAUCAGCCCAGAUUUAUUGAGAUAAUUUGGCCUUUUGUAUUAAAAAAAAAAAAAAAAACAAUUGGCCGGUCCUGUGUUUAGCUGUUCAUUUUCACUAUUUUUUAUUUUUAUUUAUUUAUUUCUUAGCAGACGCCCUUAUCCAGGGCGACUUACAAUCGUAAGCAAAUACAUUUCAUGUAUCACAGUACAAGUAAUAAUACAAUUAAGAGCAAGAUAAAUACAAUGACUUGUUUCAAGCAAGUACAAGUGUGACAAAAUACAAUUCAAUAAUACAGCAGAUAAGUGUCAGUGAUAGUUACAUCAGGAUAUGAUUAAAUACAAAAUACUACAGAUUAAACACUUGGCAGAUUACAGUACUCUCAAGUACAGGAUUAAAUGCAGUAAAAUAGGGGGCAGAUAAGAGCAAGUAAAGCGCAUUUAAGGAAGGGUGGUAAGUGUCCCAAGGGAAAACACUACAUUUGUCAGAACACUACACUACAUUUGUCCAGAAACCUUUUCAGAUUUUGUUAUGGCGAUAGGAAUAUUGGAAAGAAAAUUGAAUAAAAAGUGUGCCUCUGUUAUCUUUAACUGUAAUGCUGCUGCUUCAGGUUGUACAUGUGCAAGGGUUUAUCUGGUGAAAGGCAGUUUGCUGCAUUCACUUUAUACUCUUAAGCAACUUUGGAUUUACCCUUUUGAGUGUUGCCUUUUAAAAGCAAUUUAAAAUGUGUAUAAACCCUGUAAUAUGUGCAUCGUAAAGUAAUUGAGAAUGUUUCUCAAGAACAUUCUAUUGGGAGAUCUACUACAGAUCAGGUGAAGGCAAUACUAGUCCAAUUUAGAAUUUAAGGCCCUAGUUGGAAGAAUGGCAGAAAUGGAACCCAUUACCCUGUUCCAUUUUUUUUUUUUUUUUUUUUAUAUAAGGGUUUUUUUUUUUUAAAUCUACCACUGUAUUCCUUGGAACAUUUUGUAGGUCAUAAUUUGUAUUCCACUCUACCAUAUAAAAAUUAUAAUUAAUCAAAAUUAUAAGUUGUAUGAAAGGUGGAUACAGUAGAGAGCCAUAUUGAAUUGUAACCAGAACUGUUGCUGUUAAUCAGAGUUUGAAACCAUGUGUAACUAUUUGAUGCAGAUUUUUUAAAUGACUUACUACUGCUAUUUCUUAGUAACUCAAAGGACAUCUAAGAAAUUGUACCACACACUUUGAAAAAUAUUGCAUGAACACUUUUUAUUUUCUUUAAGCCACUUGAAUUGUAUGUAAUGCUAAAAUGGACAGUCCUGUUUCUCAAUAAUAAACAUUUUUAAUAAAA